UAUUUUUGUUUCUGAUACAGUAUUUUAAAUUUUGAAAUUUCGUAGGAUAAUUUACAAAAUUCUGACAUUCUCCAUAAAGAUCUUUCUUUAAAUUUAAUCUCAGAAGAAAAUAUCUCUAAAUUAUUUUCAACGAUGGACAUAUUACUAGAAAACCAGAAAAACAUGAUGGAAAAUCAGCUAAAAAUAAUAAAACAGUUGUCGAAACAACAAACAACAUUAGACAUGAUGAUGUUCAAUAAAUACUUCAUCUAUGAAAGCACAAACUAUAGUGUCAACGAAAACAUUUACCUUACCCUCACCAUUUAGUACAAUCGAAAGUUUGCAAGACCUGGAAAUAAAACUUGGAAAUGAGGACAAUUUUCAAAGUUUUGUAAAUUCGUACAAACAUGUUUUAAGCAACGAUGGAAGAUGUAAUGGUAAAACUGGAUGCUAUAAGUUAAUAGAUAAAAUUUUUACUAGAGAACUGUUGACUAAAUAUUCAUUUAGUGGAGGUAGUCGUGAUAAGGUCAUAAAAUAUUCUUUCAAACAAUAUGAAAGAAUUAUAAGUGCUUUUUAUGCUAUUGUGAAAAAUGUAGAUUCAUCUUUUAGUUAUGAAAGUUGCAUUUCGUUUUUUCAAACUGUAAUUAGAAAUGCAACAAGAAGAAUAGAAAAUGACCCAAAAAAAGGCAAAAUGGUAAUUAGUCGUGCCUCAAGUGGACGCAAUCGUACUCUAACAAAUAAAAAAGAUGAUGAAACAAGAAAAGAAAAUGAAAUUGGUGAAGGUAAUAACGAUAACCUUGUAACAAUACAACCUCAAGAGAACAACCUCAUUUAGUCUUAAAAAAGUUUAUCUAUGAGAAUAAUUUUAUCUUAUAUUGAAUAUUUGUUUUCAAUUUAUAAUUUUUUUUUAAUUUGACAACUGGACUAAUGCA